AUGUUGAUGCUGACGAGCAAUUACAAAGAGAUGCAUCUUAUUUUGAUGUUGAUGUUAACCUUGGACAUGAUGGAGAUGAAAGUAACGAUGAAGGCCUAUAAAAAUAAGACAACAAAUGAGGCUUACCGUAAGAUGUAUGUUUGCAACAAAGAAGGGUUCAAAAGAUUGAAGGCUAGUAGCUCAUGUGGAUAUGCAAAGAAACGUCGUAGAAAUUUAAGGAUCGGAUGUAAAGCAAUGCUUCAUAUUUCAAAAGGGAAAGAUGGAAAAUGGUUUGUGGACAUGUUUAAUGAUACACACAUUCAUGAGUUGAGUAUUACACCAACAAAAAGCUUGGCCAGUCAGGGGUUAAAGCCUUCACAAAUCAAAAAGGUUGUUAAUGCAAUGAAAGCUCCAUUUGACAUCGAUGUUACUUCAAAGCAAUGUGUGGAUGUCUUAUCUGAGCAACGAAGACAAUACAAGGAUGGGUCUCCUCAAAAUAUUUUUUGGGCUGAUGGAAGAUCAAGGGAUGCCUAUACCAAAUUUGGAGAUGUUGUUGUGUUUGAUGUUACCUACAUGACAAACAAAUUUAAGAUGCCAUUUUCUCCUUUUGUUGGGUGCAUGUUCAACAAAUAUCCAUCUGCAAUUAUAACCGAUCAAGAUAAAUCUAUCGGUAAUGCGGUAAAAAAAGUGUUUCCAAACACUCGGCGUCGCUACUGUGCAUGGCAUAUUAAAAAGCAUGAGCUUGAACAUCUUCGACCACUAGUAGCGUGUUAUAAUGAUUUUCAGGAGUCUUAUAGACAAUGGGUAAAGAGUGAUACAAUUGAAGAAAUUGAAUCAGGGUGGGAAGUUAUGCUUGGUAAGUAUAACCUUGAAAAUAAUUGUUGGGUCAUCAAUAUGUAUGACCAACGAAAACAUUGGGUCAAAGCCUACUUGAAAGAUGUUUUUUUUGCUGGCAUGACUACAAGUGGACGAAGCGAGAGCAUCCAUUCCUUUUUUGAUGGGUUUGUUAAUUCCAAGACUAUGUUGAAUGAGUUUGUAGUUCAAUAUGAUAAAGUGGUUGAAUCUCGUAGAGCCGUUGAAGAAGAUGAAGACUUCAAGACUAUGAACUCGAAGCCAAUUCUAUCUUCUGUUCAUCCAAUAGAAGCAAAAGCAGGUGAAUGUUAUACUCGAAAGAUUUUUGAGAUUUUUAAAAAAGAAUGGAUAGAAGCUACACAAAAUUUAACUCAUGAGACAGUAAGAAAAUGCACAGAAGAAAUUAAAUACCGGGUUGGGCAUGUAAACGUUGAUAAGGCACAUUGGAGAUUUGUCAGCUAUCAUUUCAUAAAUCAAGUGGAUGUCAUAUGUUCAUGUGCUAAAUUUGAAACAUAUGGCAUAUUAUGCAAACAUAGUCUUUAUGUGAUGAAGAAAAGGAAUGUUCAAACCCUUCCAGAUCAUCAUAUUUUACCUAGGUGGACGCUUGAUGCUAGGUUUAGGGUGGGUGCUCGUAGUGUUGGACUAGAAGACAUGAAUACCGAAACUGAAGUUAGUUCCUUAACCUUAUGGUAUGUCCGUUCAAAUUGUACUAAAGCAAUCGAACAUGCAAAAAACUCUCCUUCGAAGAUAAAAAAAAGGUUCAAUAAUUUAGUUGUUAAGUUUUUAGAAGAGGAAAUGAUCCAGAUAAAUCCAAAUGGACCUCAAAAUGCAUCUCAAGAUUGUGUAUGGGAACUUUUCAAGUAG